AUGAAAUUAAAAAAAAAAAAAAAAAAAAAAAAAAAUUCGUUUUUUUUGUUUGUUUUUAGAAAUCCUGUUUUUUUUAUUUAUUUAUUUAAAACGAACGAAUUAUUUUGUUUAAUAAUAGUAAUAAUAAAAAUGUCACUUUUAUUCACAGAUUCUUCAAUUCAAGAUACAGAAACAGAAUUAACUCACUUUGUUUUUCAAUGGUUAGAAGAAAGAGGAUUCACAGAGUCAAUUAGAUCUUUAGAAUCUGAAACUCAAAUUACACAUAAUAAACAAACUGUUAAACUUGGUGGCCAAUUAGAAUUUAUUUAUAAUGAACAUAAAGAAUUACAAGAAUCAAUGAAAACUAUUGAAUCAAUAGAAGAUGAAGAUACUGAAAUUGGAAUUCUUGGUGAUGGUAAAAUUCAUAAACAUUUAAAUGAUGUUUUAGAUAAUGUUCAUAGUUCAAAUAUUUUAUGUCUUAGAUUUAGUCCAAUUAAAGAUAGUAAUAUUAUAGUUACAGGUUCAACUGAUAAAACAUUAAAAAUUACAAAUUAUCUAACAAAAGAAGUUUUAAAUUCAUAUACUGGUUUUGCUUCUGCACCAUUCAUUUCAUUAGAUUUUAAUCCAGUAAAUCCUGAAUUAUUAUUAGCAUCAUCAGUUGAUGGUAGUCAUUGUAUAAUUAAAAUUGAUAAAGAUGGUAAUGGUGAAUUAAUUCAAAAAUUUAAUAGACAUAAGAAAUAUGUUGUUAGAGUUAGAUGGAGUCCAGAUGGUAAGAUGUUUGCAUCAUGUUCAUACGAUAAAUCAAUAUCAUUAUUUAAAGAGGAUGAAUCAAAUCAAGGUCAAUUUGAGUUUGUAAAGAGUUGGGAUUUCGUAACAACAGUUGAAUCAUUAAUAUUCACACCAGAUUCAAAGUAUGUGAUUGCAGCAGUUAAAGAAUCAAAUUAUCUUCAUUAUUUAGAAACCGAGGGUGAUUUCUCAAUUGAACGUUAUAAUAUGAAUGUGAAUGGUGAUGAUCAUGUCAGUUUCUCUGCAAUGGAAUUCUCAAUUACACCAGAUAAAAAAUACCUUUUAGUUUCAACUGAUCUCAAUCGUUUGAUUCUCUUUAAAUUGAAUUCAAAUAAACAAAUUCGUAAUUUUUAUGGAGCUUUCAAUGAUUCCUAUACAACCACUAGAAAUGCAAUUUGUCCAUCUGGUAAAUACGUAUUUUCAACUUCUCAAGAUAACUUAAUCUAUGUUUGGGAAAUUGCAAAUCAAAAAGUUAUCGCAAAAUUAGAUUCUCAUCGUUCCUCAGUUCGUGAACUCACUUUUUCACCUGAUAACCUUUUAUUAGCUUCUUGUGGUUUCGAUAAAAGAGUCACUCUUUGGUCAAAUAUUUCUGAUUAA